AAGCAUGUUUGCUCAAUCUGUUUUGGCCUGGGCACGGGUUCUGCGCUGAAGAUAGUUAGUUCUUGCAGCGCCAUCCUGGCACACCACAAGAGUGUUGCGAGACUCUGGUUCACCCUCAAUGCCUGCGCCUCGGCCCGAGCAACAAUCUACCACUGCGGCUUCUAAAGCAGCCAGUCGUUCAGUGCGGAUAAUAUUGGCAGUAUCUUGGGUGUGCGGCGACAAAUGCGGCCUGAUGCGCGACUGCUGGCACUGAUACUGGUCUACUUCACCGUGUUCGUGGACAUCCUUGGCGUGGGGCUGCUCAUCCCCGUGCUGCCCUUCCUGGUCGGCACCAGGCCAAAUCCUGAUGCGUUCGCCCCGGCUUCUAUGUUCAACCUCAAGCCUGGGGCCGCUAUGGCAUUGACGCUGGUCUCGUACAACGGCGCACAGUUCGUCUCGGUCCUCGUGAACGGGCCGCUCUCCGACCGCUUCGGACGGGUUCCCUUGCUCCUGUCAUCGACAAUCGGCGGGGCCAUCGGAUAUGCACUGCAGGGGGUCACAAUCGCAGUCGGCAACUUCCCGCUGUUUAUUGCCGCACGAUUGCUCACAGGGCUUUUCGGCGGCUCCCGUGCGGCCGCCGUUGCGUACAUUGCGGACUCAUCGUCGCCCGCAGAGCGGCCGAGGCUGAUGGGCCUGCUCGCUCUUGCGGUGACGCUGGGGUUCCAGAUCGGCCCCGUUGUGGGUGGAUCGCUCGGCUCAAUACACUUGGCGUUGCCGUGCUAUUCUGCUAGUGGCGUCUCUGCGGUUGGCACUUGUCUUGUCUAUUGCUUCGUCGCGGAGCCAGGCUCCGCGGGUGGGCCACGCGGGCACCGCGGCGGUGGCGCGGGCGAUGUGCAGCCCAGUUAUAAGACGGCGUUCGCACUGAAUUUGGUGCUCAGUUUUUGCACUGGCUUCUGGAUUAUGUCGCAGCUCCUCGGUUUCGCUCUCCUCAUGCCAGAGAGGUUCAAUUUCGACCCGAACAAGGUUGGUCUUGCGUCGCUGGGCGACGGAUUGAUGAUCCUCUGUGGGAACCCGUGCUACAUGUAUCUUGUCAAACGUGUUCGGAUUCCCGUCAUUGCCGCCAUUGGGUGUGCGAUGAUGGCAAUGAUAUCAAUAUGCCCAUUCAUGAAUGAUCUCGCCCCGCUGUUUGUCUUCCGCUAUGUGUGCGCCAUCGGUGGACCAAUGGCCAUCCCAAGCGUCACAGCUAUCGUCUCCAUCAUCGCGCCAGCAAAAAGACGUGGCGCAUGGACGGGCAUGACGAUGGGGGUGCAGAACUUGGCUCGUACGGUGGCGCCAGCUGUUCUCGGCGUCACCUUCGAUGCUGACUACAGGGUGCCAUUCCUUAUUUCAGGCGGUAUGAUGCUUGUCGCAUUCACGGCCUGCGUCGCACUCAUUCCGAUGGUGCCAAGUGCACAUCUUGCCAAGCCUGCUGGGAAGCCAGCUGAAGACUCGGAUUCCGAGUAUCCUGCGGCCGAGAGGUCCGAAGUCGCCAUUGAGAUGGAUGAGGCAUCAGAUGGACAAGCGCAGUCGAGUGAACCCGACGAGUUGAGCGUGCAUGCUGAGGCGUUGCUUGUAAAGCUGCGCGCGCAGCAGAAUGAUAUCAGACUUAAGCUUCGAAAGGCCAAAGAUGGACAAGGCGAGUCUGAGGUGGUAUCCCAGCACACUCCGGAGCAACGUGCGCACGCGAAAAACGAGCUGAACGAUUGGCUUGUAAUUUUACUGGAGUCGCACGGUUGGGUCAGGUGGCCUGAGCACCUCGACGGAAUAAAGAUGAUUCUUUUCAAUUCCUUUCCAAAGUUGCGUAUGACGUCCACACUAGAUAAGCUGUCUGACUUGAUCGAGGUCUUUGGCAAUCACAUCUCCAUGGCGGAGCGAUAUGACAUGUUUCAUGGUGCCGACGACUUGGGGACAUACAGGCCAGCUUGAUUUCAGCAUCGAUGUGCGCGACGUGUCUUGCGUUUGUUCCUUAUUGUGCUUUUUCAAGACUUCGCUAUGUGCCCGAAGACCUUUUGUUGCUCAGCCGACCUUACAAGGAGUGUCGGCAAGCAACGAUCGGAGUCGGCAGGAUACCGCGGGCAAGUUGUCAACGCACACCGAGACACUUUUUGCCGUGAUUCUUUCAACACGUGACCCCUAGACCUCAUGAUCCGUUCCCUCUGACCAGUCCUUUGCCCUGGGUCGUUUGUUGAUGGUCUCGGGGCCCGAGAAAUCGCCCAACGGAUGCCGA